UUUAUUUUCGCGGCAAAAUUAUUUCGGUUCUGAACAAAAAGUUCAAGUUGCUCCACAUUUUGAAUAUUUAUAUCUGAAAUGGAAUUAGGUGGAAGUAGUCGGAGUACGUCGCAAGUGAGGAAGAGGCCGAGGGUAAAGGGAAACACCGAAUCGGCAUCGUAUGGCCAGAGGUUGCAGUUUUAUACGGUUCCUCCUGUUGAAAAUAUUUCCCUCCAGGAAUUUGAACAGUUUGCUGUUGAAAGGUUGAAGGUGCUGAAUGAGAUUGAAAAGGUUGGUGCAAAACAUCUCAAAGGGACUGCAAACUACAAAAAAGCCAUAACAGACUCCCUUAUAAACCUAAGGAGAUGUCUGACAAAACCUGUGAAGCAUUGGGAUGCAGAAGAUUCCAGAUGGGACUACAUAUCACAUUUUAUUCUGCGCCUUGCCUAUUGCAGAUCGGAGGACUUGAAGAGAUGGUUUAUGACCCAGGAGAUGGACUUGUUUAGGUUCAGAUUUUGUAACGAGGAUGCUGAGUCUAUAGAAGACUUUCUACGUAGUAACAACCUUAACUACCAACCUAUCAGUGAAUCUGAGAAAAAUGAACUAAGAUUCAAACUUUCUGAUUCUACAUUUGAUAUGACAACAGUGAAAGUGUCAGGAACAGAGUUCUAUAAGGUUCCAUUCACUGAUGCCCUAGACAUUGUUCGUGCAAGACGUUGCUACGUCAAAGAUGGAUACGCCUAUGUACCUCACCAUGAUCUUGUCUCAUUGGUCCUCACAUCAUACAGACUGCAUCUGUCACAUGCAUUAGCAGUGACAUCACGUGCUGUACCUCACUUAGAGGAAGAUGACAGGUUGUUACCCAUGUUGACCAGCCUUAGUAAGAGGUAUCUUGGACAGGAUUACAAUAACAAGAAAUCAACCACUGGAGAAGUUACAGCAGAUAUGGUUAAUGGGCUCUCUGAGAAACAUUUCCCAUUGUGUAUGCGUCAGAUGCAAGACCACCUAAAACAGGAGCACCAUCUUAAACAUGGUGGCAGGCAACAGUAUGGCCUCUUCUUAAAAGCUAUAGGAAUGUCCUUAGAUGAAGCAAUGAGAUUCUGGAAGAUGUCAUUCGCAAAAAAUAUUGAUGCUGAUAAGUUUGAUAAGCAAUAUUCAUACAACAUCCGUCACAACUAUGGUAAAGAGGGCAAGAGAGCCGACUAUACACCUUACAGUUGUAUGAAGAUCAUCAUGUCCAAUGCACCUGCUGCUGGUGAUGCUCAUGGUUGCCCAUUUAAGCACAGUGAUAUAGAUAUGUUAAGACAACGACUCCAGAAUCUACGUGUCAACAAGGAUGGCAUUGAUGAAAUCAGUGACUUUGUCAAAAGAGGACACUACCAACUGGCAUGCGGGAAAUAUUUUGAAGUAACACACCCAAAACAUGACUUGGUUGACUUCUCCCCUAACCACCCAAAUCAAUACUAUGAGGAGAGUGUGAGGAUUGAAAGUGGAGUAUCAAAGGAAGGCUCAACUGAGACACCUAAGAGUCAAAGGAGUAAAUCAUUUUUGCCCAUAAAGGCAACCCCCAAUACCCCCAGUACACAAUGUAGUACCCAGCCUUCAACCCAGGAUGAAAGUUUUGAUGAUAUUAUACUCAGUGCAGAGGAUAUGGACAAAGCUUUGGAAGGAGUUGAAUCGUGUUAGCAUUAAUAAAUUAUAAUGGACUGUCAAUGUUGAUACAAAUUUGGAAAUAGAAAUUGAACAAGAUUGAUUCUAUUUCAUAUGGAACUGUAGAAAAUUACUGUAAAUUGAGUAAGUUUUGUAAAAUAUGUUCUCACAAUUUUUAAUUUAUUAAAUAUUUAUAUGUCAAAACUCAUUUCAUUUGUGCAAAACCUCAUUUUACAGUGUUCCUCCACAUCAGUAAUUAAGUGUCCAAUUUAAUAUGUAAAUGUUAUCGAAGAUUAAAAAGGCAGUUAGCACUUUGGACAACUCUGCAACAAUAGCCAUUUAACACUUCUGUGAAACUUAUUUAAAAUCAUAUGUACCAACUAAACUUUUGUAUUCUAUAAUGUAAUACUUUAUUAAAUUAAAUAAAUAUAUCUGUACAUUGUACAUAGCACAAAUAUAAAUAAAAUACAUAUAAACCAUAAAAA